UCACUCUUUUUCUGUCGCUCUCACAUUAGUCCUGUCUGUGUCCCCGGUGUUGACCAGUUAGUGACAGCUCUCCUCUCAGCUUUUUAUUGCAGUCUUAACUGAUCACACAAGUGCUGCACUGGACUAAAAGUGUCUUGUUGUGGUCCCAGAUUCAGAGGGAGGACAUCGUCUUUUCUUCGGAUCAUUUUUGCCAGGACUUUGGAACAAGUGUCUGGAUCUCAGCUUGGAAUAUCUUCUUUGCACUGGACCAGGACUAUUGGAUUCCAUUAUAAUUGGUGUCCAUUUCCUACUGUGACCCUCUACAGUGGGUAAACCACUGAGUGGUUUCAAUUUGUGAGGUUGUGUGUGUGUGUGGGACAAAUAGGCAAAGUGCUGCAGUGCUGGACUCCUGCAGUGAUUCCAGAUUAAUUCCUCAUUAGUUGGCCCUGUCCUGGCUGUGAACAUGGCAUCACUGAGAAGUUUGAUUCUUGCAUUGCUGCUGGCGCUGCUGUGCUCCUUCCACACCCCGUUGGCUCCCACUGCCAAAGCGCAGGAUCUGCCAUUCCGCUACGAGCAAGGUCUAGUAGCUGAUGAUGAUGAUGAUGACGACGACAAUGACGACGAUGACGAUGACGACGACGACGAUGACGACGACGACGAUGAUGACGAUGACGAUGACGACGACGACGACGACGAUGACGACGAUGAUGACGACGAUGAUGACGACGAUGAUGACGAUGAUGAUGACGAUGAUGAUGAUGACGACGAUGAUGAAGACGACGACGAUGAGGACGACGAUGAUGAUGAUGAUGAUGACGAUGAUGAUGAUGAUGAUGACGAUGACGACGACGACGAUGAUGAUGAUGAUGAUGAUGAUGAUGACGAUGAUGAUGACGAUGACGACGACGACGACGAUGAUGAUGACGAUGACGAUGAUGAUGACGAUGACGACGACGAUGAUGAUGAUGAUGACAAUCAUGAAGAUGAUGAUGAUGACGACGACGAUGACGACGAUGAUGACGAUGAUGAUGAGGAUGGUGCUUAUCACAAGGGCUCUUUGUGCUCAUAUUGCGAAUUCUGUGAGCACUGUGACAGAUGUGAUAAAUGUCCUUGUAAGAAGGGUGAUGAGUCUGAACACUGUGAACACUGCAAGAUGUGUAAUUUCUGCCAUGUGUGUCCUGCCUGCCAAACACUUUGCCAGCCAGGAGGUUUUAUUGAUGAAGUAACUGGAUCCAUCUACAAAACUGUAGCUGAUGUCUUUGAUGAUGAUGAUGAUGAUGAUGAUGAUGAUGACAACUGAACCCAAUCAUAUGUUGCCACCAUGUGGCCAAAUUAAUAUAUUUCACCUUCACUUCUGAUUUUCAUUGUUAUUUUUGUCUUUUUCCUUGAGAAUAUUUAAGGUUUGCUCACCAGUGACCGAAUAGAAAUGUUAAAAGAAUAACUAAAUAUAUUUGUGUACUGUUGUAACUGAUUAAGUCAAAGUCGCACUUUUAAGGAAAUUGGAAUAUCUGAAGUCAUAUUUGGGACAUGUUAAAUAAAAAAGAGGGGACGUUUUCA